UGUGGCAGAUGUAUUCUAGAUAAGAGUUGUAGACAGCUGAAUGUCUAGGAACAGACUUAUAUCAGGCCAUAUACGUGCUUCACUUGACUGUGUCGUUAGAGUCAUUACUAACAUUGGGAUAAAAUCUGAUCUAGACAAGUCAUAAAGAUGAAGGCUCUAGUUCUUGUCAUCUCCUGCCUUGCUGGACUAUGUGCCUGUCAAAAUGACAACAUGGACAUGAUGGGAAUCAUUAACAUGCUGUACAUCAAAGCUGACCAAAACGCAGACGGGAAAAUAACGCCGGCGGAAAUGGCCAACAUUUACCAAUUUAUGGACCAAAACCAUGAUGGGGUCAUCAGUAGGACAGAGUUCACGACCUUGUGGGCAGUACUUACUGGCUACGACCAAGAACUGAGUACAGCAUACUUCUUUCUGUCGGACCUGAAUGGGGACGGAUCCAUUGAUAGGUCGGACAACAGUAACAUCUUUGCCAGGUUUGAUUUAAAUGGUAACGGUGUUGUGGAGUCGCUGGAGUUUAUGCAGAAAUAUUCUCAGGUCUACCAUGAGGUACCGUUUGUUCUGCUGUUUGAGAGGGUAGAAAGAAGCAAUCAGAAUGACCAACAUUUAAGUAGGACUGAGUUCUCGCAACUGUUUAAGUCUCUGACCACAUCAGCCGAUGGUUCUGUCAGAAAAAGUGACUUCGUCAAAGUGUGGACUGACAGUAAGUUUGGGUCACAGCAAGAUGCUGAGAAAGUCUUUCAGUCCUUCGACACCAAUAAAGACAACGUCAUCACCACAAGUGAAGUGUCCUCUAGGUUUGAUGCUUUGGAUCUGAAUGGGAAUAAGACCAUUGAAAUUUUAGAAGCAGUUACGCUUGGACAAUGAUUCAAAUUAAAAUGAUUAAAAUUGCUCUGUUACUCAACAAGCAGCGUGACAAAAUUAUCCGAACGCUGGAAAGGAGUAAAAGACUAUUUUUAGUUCACCUAUGGGCUGUACAUAAUAUUUGUAUGAAAAGUCACUAAAAAUAAAGAAAGUCAUUCGUUAGAAUGUUCUAUGUUAA